AACAGUGUUUACCUGAGCUCGCCGUUCGGCAUUUAGAACAUUUUAUAAAAUAAACUCGUGGCCGCGCGUAAAAGUUAACACAAAUAUGGCAGAUGACACCAAUGAGGAUAGCUGGUUGUACGGCACAUCAAAUCCAGACUCAACGACCAACGAAAUAUCAAACGGCAGCGAUGCAUUGGCGGCGGAGCACGAGGCACUUGCAGCAGUGACCGGUGAGAAGCCUGGAACUGGCGCGUUGCCUGCUUUUCCCAAGGAGGAGCUGCUGGAAUAUGCCGAGUUCGAGGAUCCUGCCAAGGAAAUGGAGGAAGAUGAGGAAGCGCUGCCAGAUACAACGGACGGCAAUGCGCGAAUAGCGCCCGGCGCAGACCUUGGCGCCAGUGGAUUGGAUGACGCUGGCUCACAGGAGGAUUCCGAAAUGGCAGAUUUGAUGGAAGUCGCGCCCGGCACAAUGCCGCGCAAAGAGCGCAACGGCUCAGGGUCCGACGAUGAUGACGAUGACGAUUCUGAUGAUGAUAUUAAUGUGGUUAUUGGCGACAUUAAAUCAGCACCCAGCACGUACAACAUUAAACAACGACCCAAUCUGUUGGCUGGCGCAACAGCUGCAGACAAAGCCAAGCCAACGGCUCAGGCGGGCAAGUUCAGUAUCGAGGACUUCGAGGGCGCUGGCACCAUUAACGGCGUCGCCGUACACGAGUUCAGUAUAGACUCGCUGGAGGAGAAGCCCUGGCGCAAGCCCGGUGCUGACAUAACCGAUUACUUUAACUAUGGCUUCAACGAGGAAACGUGGCGCGCUUACUGCGAGCGCCAGAAACGCUUUCGCGUGGCUGAGAGCGGCGUAGGCCUGGCCAGUCUAACCCAAAAUGUGAAUCAAAGUGCCACGUCAAUGGGCAUGCCCGAUGGCGGCAACAGUGGCGGUUUAAGUGGGCCCAUGGGCAUGGGCGGUCCCAUGCAUCAUCACCAGCCGUUGGUUGUCUUGGGCGAUGGACCCAUGCAAAUGCCGCCGCCAGGCAUGCCGCCCAUGAUGCAGCAUCAGCCGCGUCCAGGCAUGGGCAUGAUGGCGCGGCCGCCACGUCCCAUAUCUACGACUGGGGGCGUCAAGGAGAAUGCCAUACAGGUGAUGACGGCAGAGUGUCGUGAGUAUUCGCGCGGUGGCCUGGGACCUAUGGCACCCAAUUUUCCUCCACCGGGUGCUGCCGAUGAGCCGUUCUUCCAUGAACCAGAACCGUUCGACUAUGGUUACGAGCCUACCCAGGAGUCACAGUGGGGCAAUGAUAACGCCGGCUGGGUGCCUACUGGCAUUAAGGAGCUAACACCUGGUCCCGUACACCACCCGCCCCAGCAGCAGCAGCAGCAGCCGCCGCCGCAAAUAGGCGGACCUCCGGGAAUGCCGCAAAUGAAUGUACCACCACCGCAAAUGGGCGGACCGCCACCACAGCUGCGGGGACAGCAUGCGCCGCCCGGCAUGAUGCCGCCCAACAUGCGCAUGCCGCACAAUAUAGGCAUGGGUCCGCCGCCAGGCAUGAUGCGUAUGCCGCAUAACAUGAACAUGGGCCCACAGCAGAGGAUGCCCAUGGGAAGCAGUAGCGGUAAUAGCAACAACAGCAACAUGCCAGCCGCAUCUUCCUCAGAUCGCAGAUCAGAGAGUUACGAUGACGAUCGCGAGCGGCGGCGGCGUGAGAAGGACAAGCAGCUGAAAAAAGAGCAGCUACGUAAAGACUUUCUGGACAUGCUGCGUGAGCGGCACGAUAUUGAGCGCCAUACGCGCUGGUAUGACAUUAAGAAAAAAUUCGAAUCGGAUCCGCGUUAUCGGGCUCUGGAUUCGGCCUAUCGCGAGGAGUACUUUGAGGACUAUUUGCACAUACUAAAGGAGGAGAAGCGUAAGGAGCGUGACCAUAAGGAGCGCGAUAGGGAACGAAGCAAUCGCGACAAGGAGCGCUCUCGCGAUAAGGACAAAGACAAGGAGAAAGAGAAGGACAAAGAAAAGGAUAAGGAUAAAGAUAAGGAUAAAGAGAAGGAAGGAAGCUCAAGGCGCGAGGGACGCUCGCGAUCGCGUGACAAGUCCAGUCGCCGGAAAUCCAAGUCGCGCGAAAAGGAUCGCAGCGAGCGCAGCAGCAAGCAAAGCACCUCUUCAACAUCCAACUCGUCCAGUCGAAGCGAGAAGAAGAAAUCACAUCGUAAAGAAAAAGAGGAGGAGGAAUAGCAUUUAUUUAGAUAUUAUAUGGAAGAGCAUACCGUUCCUUGAGCUGGCUACACCCACAAAUGCACCAAUACACGAAAACUAAACAAAAAAAAAAAAAAAAAUGCAAACAAAUAAAAAACACUUCCAUCAAUAAAAUCCUACAACUUAAGCAAAACAUACAAUUGAUGGAGCUCUCAGCAUUGUCAAAUGAAUAGCUUAUUUAAGUAGCUUAUAUACAAAAUUGUAAAUUUUAAGUUUAGAAUAACCCAGUCAAAAGGUUGUUAGUCUUAUUGCAACUGUUGGACAUGAAGGGAUUCCAAUGGAGAGACAAAAUGCAGGAUCUAAAAGAUACUAGGGCCUUCAUCUGCUGUUCAAUAAUCGAGCCCGGAAUUAAGAUUUUUUUUUUUAUCUGGGAAUUGGUAUGACACCGAAUUUCGUGAGUUUGAAAAGUACCCUUCAUGAAAAAUCAAAAAUCUCAACAGCCCUCUGAUACUCCAGCUGGAUUACGUGGAAGAAGCAAUGUACGGCAUAGAAUCUGGUAUCAGGGUAUUGUUUAGAUCGGAUCACUACAUUUUUGAAAAUUUGAGAAAUCAUUAACCACAAUUCCUCUCUCUCUCUCUUACAACUGGAAAAUAAAGUAAAGUCCAAAAGAUAGGGGAUUGUCAUCAAUCAGCCUUGAGAAUCAAUUAAAACAUGAUGUAGAUUGAAUGCCUAUAAUAUAGUCAGGUAUAAGCUGGGGCAUAUUUAUUAUGUUCUUUUGCAAUAAACAUGUCAUAAACAAUCGUGUGAAAUUGGUUUAAAAGUUGAAUUAACAACAUGGCCAGCUAUUAAAAGUGAAGUAUGAAGGCUUUUCUGCAUACCAUAAAAAAAAGUUGAAUAUUUCCGGUAUCAAAUUUCCCAUUAAUUUUAUUUAACAAUACCGUUCCAUUUAUUUAUAUAUUUUUAUUUGUAAUAUAACCGUUUAUUAAUAUUCAUGCCAACUUUAAAGGUAACAGCAAAAGUGUCAGCUUAAUUAACACAAAAUAAAUGCUUCCGAUGUAAAUUAAGAGAAACAACAGCAAAAAAAUCAUUAAAGCUGGUAAAUAACAUGCAUUUUUUUUUAGCUUUGACAUAAUUGACAUUGGGUUCUGUCGUAGUUUGAGCCGGUAAUUAAGAUGCAAUCAAAUUAACAGAACUUUUUAUUAAUAAACAAAAAUUAAAU